UGUGCGUCACACCUUAGGAGGCGGGGCGUCCGAACCAGGUUUCCUGGGCGACCGCCGGGGCCUUGCCCACUCGUGGUGUGUCCCGGCUUUGCAGACAUGGGGACCCCUCCAGGCCUGCAGACCGACUGUGAGGCGCUGCUCAGCCGCUUCCAGGAGAAGGACAGCGUGCGCUUCGAGGACUUCACGGAGCUCUGGAGGAGCAUGAAGUUCGGGACCAUCUUCUGUGGCAGAAUGAGAAACUUAGAAAAGAAUACAUUUACAAAAGAAGCUUUAGCUUUGGCUUGGCGAUAUUUUUUACCUCCAUACACCUUCCAGAUCAGAGUUGGUGCUUUGUAUCUUCUGUAUGGAUUAUAUAACACCCAACUGUGUGAACCAAAACAAAAGAUUAGAGUUGCCCUGAAGGAUUGGGAUGAAGUUUUAAAAUUUCAACAAGAUUUGAUCAAUGCACAACAUUUUGAUGCAGCUUAUAUUUUUAGGAAGCUACGACUAGACAAAGCAUUUCACUUUACAGCAAUGCCCAAAUUGCUGUCAUACAGAAUGAAGAAAAAAAUUCAGCGAGCUGAAGUUACGGAAGAAUUUAAGGACCCAAAUGAUCGUGUAAUGAAGCUUAUCACUUCUGAUGUAUUAGAGGAAAUGCUGAAUGUUCAUGAUCAUUAUCAGAAUAUGAAACACAGCAUUUCUGCUGAUAAGUCCAAUCCAGACAAGGCCCUCAGCUUGAUAAAGGAUGAUUUUUUUGACAAUAUUAAGAACAUUGUUUUGGAGCACCAGCAGUGGCACAAAGACAGGAAGAAUCCAUCCUUAAAAUCAAAAGUUACAGAUGGAGAAGAAAAGAGGAAAGGAAAUUCACAAGAAUCAGAGAGAUGUGAAAGAGCAGAAUCAUUAGCGAAAAUAAAAUCAAAGGCCUUUUCAGUGGUUGUUCAGGCAUCCAAGUCAAGAAGGCAUCGCCAAGUCAAGCUUGACUCUUCUGACUCUGAUUCUGCAUCUGGUCAAGGGCAAAUCAGAGCAACUAGGAAGAAAAGAAACAAAGAAAUACUGAAAUCAGCAGGAAAGAAGAUGUCUUCCAGAAAAAGAGAUGACACACAGAAUAUGCAUAAGGAAGAUAAAUGUUUAAGUCUGAGUAUGCCUGUAAUUACAGAAGAGGAUGAGGAGAACGAAAGUUACAGUGAAACAGAGUUCACUGCGCCCAAGAAGAAAAGAAAACACAGAACAAAGAGCUUGGUGCAGAGUUCUUAAUUUUGAGCUUUCUGACAGAAGAAAAGAUUUAUGUUUUGUGUAUUGAACAGGAAGAGUGCCAGUAUUAAAAAUAAUUCUUCUGGGAAACUAGGUUAUUUUUUUGAAAUGGCUAUACUUUAACAUAGUUCUAGAAUAAAAGUUCAAAAAAUUGGAGUAAGAAUUUGCUCUGAAAUUUAAUUUUAACAUUUUCUUUUGUGAAAUUUGUAUAAAUGGAGAUAAAAUUUGAAUUUAGAAUGUUACAGAAAUAAUCCUGCCUUGACACACCCAAGAAAAAUAAACAUCUGCCCCACACACACAAAAGAAAUAAUCCUGUUGUUUGCUGAUUAUUAAUAUUUCCUACAACUUCCUGUGAUAUUAUACUAUGUUAUACAGUUGUGGUAAUAUUAACUAUUGUAUUUAAAAUCUUUUUUCUUGAAAUUAAUGUUUAUUACAUGUAAAUGGCUAUUUUGUAUCUGGUAAUGGUUUUGUUUAUGAUGUAUAGUAACUAUUUUAUGUUGUAUGGUUAAGUGCACUAAAGUUUUUGCCUUAUUUGCUUUAUUUUUUAAUAUAUGAAACUUACAUGGUUAGUAACAUAUGUGAUUGUGAUACCUUAGGAAGCUCAGUUUCUACUUCUGCAAUCAAUUAAAUAUUCUUUGGUGCUUGUUUUAAAGCUCCCUUUGGCCUGACAUUUAUUUAUAUAUGUAUACAUUCUGUUUGUAUAUGUAUAGAUAUAUGUAUGCAUCUGUCCAUAUAUAUGUG